AUGGUUCGGCUCGUAAAGCCGAUGAAAAUUGCUGCGCUGAUCGUAUCCGCUAUACAGGAUCUCCGUGAAACCAAAGGAUCAACGCCCAAGAAGAUCAUAGGUUACAUAAGUUAUGCAUCCGAUAUGGGCGAGGGUCGCGUUAAACGACAAGUAAAGUCAGCGUUGCGAAGAGGUGUAGAGUAUGGUAUCUUGAGGAAAUAUAGAGGCAAUUAUUUUCUUCCGACCGGUGACGAAAUAGACCGUGCGAAUCGCAUUGCUUUAAGAUUUUCCAAAUUACCAUUACCACCCACGCAGUCCACGAAAUCGGAUUCGCCUCGUAAAAUGAUACCUCUGGGAAGUCAGAAGAGGUCAAACAAAUAUAAUACAAAUUUGAAGAAGACGAAACGUCUUAUAAAAGUACGAUCACCUUUGAUUUCUCCCAGUGUUAGCUUAGUAGACGCGAUAUGCGAAAUUAAUGAAAAUACUUCUUAA